UUCGUCCUGUUCCGGUUCUGUGGCAUAGUUUUGGCUGAGUCAUUUAGGUGCUCUGUCUUUACCUGAUGAACACAGACGUAGAAAUACCAGUGCUGGUAUGCAUACACAUUUUGGAAUAUGACCAAAAACUAACGGACUGAGAUGACUGCUUUCAGGCAUUAGCGCAUCCCAUUGGAGGCAGCACAGCAGAGCUCUGCUUUGGCAAUGGCUAAGCUCACAGUCACCCCAAGGACAUCCCUUGUUGAUGAACCAGUGAAAAUCCAUGUCUCUGGUUUGGCUCCCUUUAAGCUGGUGACCCUCCAAGCCUCUUUGACAGAUGAGAAGGGGGUGCUCUUCCAGUCCAGAGCUUUCUACCAGUCCAGUGAGUCUGGUGAGGUUGAUUUGGAGCAAGCUGCUGCUCUGGGAGGAGAUUAUGCUGGCGUGCACCCCAUGGGUCUCUUCCAGUUCUUGAAACCGGAAAAGAUGUUUCACAGGUUGAUGAAACGAGAUGUGAUGCAGAGUCCAUUCCACGUGCGCCUGGAUUUGUUCAGCUCAUUCCACUUGGUUUCCACACCCUGUGAUCAGCCUGUGACAAGCCAGACUGUGGAAAGAUGGCAUGUGGCACCGGGAGUCCAACGAAUCCUGAUCAGGGACGGCAGGGUGCGUGGGGCCCUCUUCCUCCCACCAGGAGAAGGUCCUUUCCCAGGGCUGAUUGACCUGUUCGGCGGUGUGGGUGGACUCAUUGAAUUUCGAGCCAGUCUUCUCGCCAGUCGUGGUUUCGCUGCGCUUGCCCUAGCGUACUUUGGUUAUGAAGACCUGCCUGAGAUUCUACUUGAGGUGGAUCUGGAAUACUUUGAGGAAGCCAUCAACGUCCUCUUGAGACACCCCAAGGUAGGAGGGCCAGGGGUUGGCUUGGUCUCAAUAUCCAAAGGUGCUGAGAUUGCACUGGCCAUGGCAUCAUUUUUGCCCAAGAUCAAAGCAGUAGUUUCUAUUAACUCAACCCAUGCCCUCCAUGGGAUGCCACUCCGCUACCGGAAUCUGCAUAUCAAUCCAAUCCCUUACAAGAUAGAAUAUAUCCGGUUCACACCCCUGGGACUGAUGGAACUCUCUAACAUGGUCAAUGUCAUUCACACUGAAGAAAGUCAAGAGAGCAUCCUACCUGUAGAACAAGCUGAGGCCAAAAUCCUCUUCAUUGUGGGAGAGAACGACAGGAACUACAACAGCAAAGCAUUUGCCGAGAAAGCGAUGGAGAGGAUGAGGAGGCAUGGAAGAAAGAACUAUGGAAUGCUUUGCUAUCCAGGUGCUGGACACCUGAUUGAGCCGCCAGGGUCACCUUUCUGCCACCACUCAUGGAGCUUCUUUUUCUUCAGGCCUGUGGUAUGGGGAGGGGAACCCCAGUCCCAUGUUGCAGCACAGGAGCAUUCCUGGAAGGAGAUCCAGAAAUUCCUCUGGCAACACCUCCACCCAGCUGGAAGCAGCAGGCUUUGAAUACAGGGAGUCACAGACCAAGGAAUAUCUGUGCUCCUGCCUUCCACACACCCAAUCAAUAAAUACUGGGAAGAAGCUGUCAUUUGGCAGCUUCACUGCAUGGAGAUUCACCACACCAGGUAUUAAAGGCACUUCCAAUCACUUCACACAGGUAUCUUGUCUUGCAAGGUGACAGCUAAUAGCAGGUGAGAAUUGCAGCUGCAUUGGCAAGGCAGAUUGCAUCCAAUAGGGAUGUGGGGGAUCUGUUCCAGCUCCCUCUAGUCAUAAGCUAGGAAGGGAUCUCAAGGGCCAUCUGCUGCCAUCCUCUGAUCAAAUGCAGGAAUGCCAUUCCUAAACUGUCCUUGACCAAAGCUUAUCCAAUCUCUUCUCUGAAAACCUCCUAUGAAGGAGAAUUCACAACCUCCCAGUACAGUCUAUUCCACUGCCUUACUAUACUAACAGUAAGGAAGUUAUCCUGAGCUAUAAUCUUAACCUGUUUCACUGAAAUUUAAAGCCAUUGCUUCACAUCUUAUGCUCUGGACCAAGGGAGUUUUCUGUAUGGCAGCCUUUC